UGUUAUUCAUUUAAAAUAAAAUUCGAAACUAAAUAAAUUAUUUUACGUUAAGGCCAUUACGUUCUGUGCUCUUGGGAGCAAAAUGGUUUGCCGUUUUAAUCCAUUUUACAUAGGUCCCAAUCCACCGCAAUGCUGUGUCCCAGAUGACGCUUCAUCAGCGUUGCCCGACUGUGUUUGUCAGCCAUGUCCGCCAGAAACGGGAUAUCAGGAACCACGACAAAAUAUUGCUGCUGCCUGUACUCCGCCAUCGAGUCCGCCAUCGAGUCCGCCACCGAGUCCGCCACCGAAUCCGCCACCGACACCUGCAGGAUCAGCAACGGCAGGAACAUCUCCCAGCCAAGGUUUCAGCACUCCGGUGAAUCAACAGAAAAUGUCCUGUUCGGCUAGUGCCACAAUUGCCGUCCAAGUAGCCAGAACGUAAUGGAGCAAAGUACACAAUCAGCUUUUUUGUUAAAAUAAAUGCCAAAAUCCUUUUUAAUGUAAACUUGAAAA